AUGACGGCAGAAGAUAACUACUCCGUCCAGGCCGAAGCCACGCGCAUCCUGCACGAGCGUCUGCUGAACGACGCACAGCUGGCGUUGCCUCAGUCGUUCACGGAUGCGGCGCGCAAGGUGCGCAUCGUUGGCGACGACCCCAAGCCAUUCAUACCGACGCCGUGCAAGAUGACCGAGUCGGCGGCGGCGUUGACGGCGCUCGUGGCCGCGGCGGCCAGCGCGGUGGCGGCGGAACGGUAUGGAAUCGGGUAUCAGGAUGUUGAGGUUAAUACCGACCUCUCCACCCUCUUCCUCGAAUCCGUCCUCCUCCCCACCAUCUCCGGCGGGCCCCACGACAAACAAUCCUUCCUCACCCACCCCACGCUAACCGCCCAAUUCGCCGCCGGCGACCUCCACAACACCUCCAAGCCCAUCCACCAAGAAGCCACCAACGUCUACCGCACGCGCGACGGCCGCUGGUACCACCUGCACGGCUCGAUGAACGCGACGCCGACGAUGACCAUGGUCGGCGUCCCCGAGCAGGACGUCACGCGCGACGAGGCCAUCGCCAUCUACGCCGACGUUGUCGCCAAGUGGGACGCGGCCGAGCUGGAGCGCCGCGCCAACGACGACUUCCGCCAGGCCGGCGUGACGUGCCUGACGCCGGACGAGUUCUUCGCGUCGGAGCAGGGGCAGGUCAUGGGGAAGGAGCCGCUGUGGAGUAGGCGGGAGGUGCCCACGCCCGCGCCCAGCCCGUGGCCGGAGGUCGGCGCGGAGGAUGGAUUCAAGCCGCUGGCCGGCAUCCGCAUCAUCGACUUCUCGCGCGUCAUCGCGGCGCCGGUCAUAUCGAAGGUGCUGGCGGUGCUGGGCGCCGACGUCGUCAAGGUGACGAACAGGAACCUGCCCGACCUGUCGAUCCUGUGGAUGGACCUGAGCACGGGGAAGCGCGACGCGCACGUCGAUCUGAAGACGGAGGAAGGCAAGAAGGCGUUUGCCGAGCUGGUCCGCGGCGCGGACGUCCUGGUCGACGGGUACCGCCCCGGUGUGUUGGAGAGGCUGGGGUUCACGAGCGCAGGGCUGCGCGAGAUCAAUCCGCGGUUGGUGUACGCGAGGGAGAAUUGCUAUGGGUUUAAGGGCCCGCUGGCGCAUCGGUCCGGGUGGCAGCAGAUCAGCGAUUGUUUGGUGGGCAUUUCGUGGUUGCAGGGCAAGUUUUUGGGGUUGGAUGAGCCGGUCGUGCCGCUGCUGCCAAACUCUGACUACCAAACCGGCCUCAUCGGCGCCGCCGCCAUCCUGCACGCACUGCUCGAGCGCAGCAAGCGCGCCGUCACCUUCGACAUCGACGUCAGCCUGACGCAGUACAACAUCUGGUACUACCGGCUGGGCCAGUACGACGAAGCGCAAAGCGCCGCCCUGCGCGCCCGCAACGAAGGCUUCCACGUGCGGCACUACGACGAGAUGCAGACGCUGCUGUGGAAGAGCCACGCCGCCAUCAAGAAGGCCCGCCCGGACCUGUUCCAGCACCCCGAGUGGUUCUGGAAGAUGAGUGGGAGCGAGUGGGGCAUCGAUGAGGAGAUUGAGAUAUUGGCGCCCGCGUUCAAGUUUGAGAAGUCGAAGUUGGGCUAUAAGGUGCCGUCGGGGUCGAGGGGGAGGUCGAAGCCGGAGUGGUAG